CUGGGGAAGGCGAAGAUCGGGGAAGCGAGUAAGCCGGCGGAAAGCCUUGUACGGCCGUCACGUCACACGAUCUCAGCCUCUCCAGUAAAUCUGUCAAUGAGGACGUCGUGUGACGCGGCCGACGCAAAUCGAAACCAAAAUAUACAUUUUUUUUUUAAUGUUUUAAUGUUUUUUGUGAUCUCAAACUACGUAUUUCUCGCGAAAGUUUGUUGCUUGCGUUUAAAAUGGAUAGGUUUCUGUUGGCCUUUAUUGCUUGCUAUGUGGCGUACAAUAAGUCUGGCUGCACCUGCACGGGGGCCGUGGGCAGCAACUUCCCCAACACCUUCACUUGAGUAUUGGUCUAAAUUUAGGGCAUUUCGAGAAACUGAAAGAGGGAUUACCAUUGAAUCUGUAGCUAAGAAUUUACUGGGAUCGGUCUCCCUCUGGGGUUUAUGUCGGUUGUACGUAUCUGCUUGCUAUGCCUAACUAAAUAUACGUUGUGGCUAUCUUUUUAUACAAGCUGUGAACUGACUGUAAAGUGUCUCCUCUGUCUCUCCCUCUUUGGUUCUGAUAUGACAGGAUUGAUUACGGUGACGAGUAAGUAUCUCAUUGCUUACCCAAGUUAUAUAUGCUGUUCUUCUGAUACGUGUUGCAUACGGUUUGAAGUUGAACUAUAUGUCAUACCCGGUUAUUUCCACAACGCUUCGGUACUUCUUUCUUUCAGAAGUGGAAAUUUUGAAACAAACUCAAUAAGUGGAAAUACACAAGUACCCUACAUACACAAAACCAAAACAAUAAUAUGUUUAAUGUGUUACUACUUUAAGAAUGUUGACAAAAUAAUCAAAUAAUAAUUCUCAAAUGUGCAUAGCUAGCAGAAUGCAUUCCACCGGUUCUAGAUCUCAUUUUGACCUCCUUUUACAUCAAACUUUUAGAAAAUAGUGCUUAAUCGAUUUUUUUAUAUUGAUCUCUUGUGAAUAAUUAGAUGUUCGCCUUAUUGGUAUCCUUUACAAACUCUCGUUGCAGCAAAGCUCAUACACAACUGAUGGGGAUCUAUGCUGAAAUCGAGAGUGAAUGGAAGCGUUACCACAAACUCAGGGAACGGUUGAAAGAACUAAGGUCACAAGCACAGAAGGCAAAGAGCGGGACAUAGGAGACUGUAGCAAUGUGAUUGUGGAGGGAGCACUAUCUUUUUGGCAAUUUCGGCUUUAAAACUGACCUAUGACCUGUUGCUUUUGGUGUAAAACUAAACUAUGACCUGUUGCUUUGUGUCAUCUCCUGUGCUGCUAUGAAGUUCCGUUCUGGAAAAAGACUUUCUUGGGGAGAAAAAGUCUCCCAUUUUCAUUCAGCUGCUCUCUCCUCUCCACUUCACUUCGCUUCGCCAAAUUGUUAGUUUGCAUAUGCUGCUAUGGAUAAUUUAUCAGUUUGCAUUGGUUUAAUGUUGGCUCAGUUGGUUGUCCAUCAUUUGAGGCCUUUUUUCAGGAAGACUUGAGUGGCCAUUGAAUGGAUUAUACAUUUGUUUUUUCUUUUAGCAUUUAUCAUUGAAAUUGUCAAGUUGGAAUGAAAUAAUAUAUAUACAUACUAGGGUAAACAUGUGCACGGCCAGACCCACCAUUAUGCUUUAUUUUAAUAAGACAUGUUCACUACAUGAAACAAUGUGUUUGACGAUGCUUAUUUUUUUAUUUAAUGGCAUUUAUUAGCGUCACAAAAACUAUUAAAAGUGUCAGUGAGAAGCGUUAAAUUUGAUGUCAUGAAAUUAUCUG